AUGGGAACGUCUUGCGCAUCAACGUCUUCGGUUUGCCCAACGAGGAGCAGCGCGACUGCGACCUGGUGCCUCGGCCGGCCGGUCCGUGACUCCUCCUCACUCUUGCCGUACAAUGGAAUGAUGGACAACGUGGUCUACGUGACAUUGCCGGAUGGCGUUCCACCGGAGGUGAACUCCUUCAUCCCGGGGAACAGUGUCUGGACCGAGGACCCCCUCGUCCGCUUCUUCUUCAACGAAGAGAUCCGGAAAGUUGGCAAUGGUAUGAUUACGGUCUACAUCAUGGGUGGGAACCAGACAAAUCGGGAAGCAGACAAAAAGCUGGCCGAUCUGAACCUUUGGAGUGCUGCGGUGAGUGUCUCACAGGACACGCUCCUGGUGGACCUCACAGGGCUCCUAAGCACCAGCACGUACUAUUCGGUCAGAAUCCCACCUGGGGUGGUGAGCGACUCGUCCAACAACGCAUUUCAAGGUAUUGACAAAGGGAUUUACAUCUUCCAGACGGGAGCGGAGCAGCGCGUAGUGCAGCUGCAAGAUACUGCCGAAGAUGACCACACCACGUACACCAUCAUCAUUGUGGUGGCCGGCUCGUUGGUGGGGAUUGUGGCCUUGGCCGCUGGCUACAUGGCUUUGGAAAAGGUUCGGAAGGUGCGCAGGAGGGCAAGGGUAGUUGCUCGCAAAGUGGAGAAAGAAGUGGAGGUGGAAGAGGCUCCGCCUGAGAAUUUGGAGAAACCCACCCUGCCGCACUUGGCACAUGACGUGGACGACUGGGCGGUCGCAGCGCCCGCGUCCCCCACCUCGCCCUCCUCGGGGAAGUCGCCCAUCAGCUCCAACGUCUCUGCGAAGAACGUCGUUGGCAAGGUGCCAAGUGUGAAGACGCCCACCUCGCGGCCAAACGUCCAGGUGUUCUCAAAGCCGGAAGAGCUGAAGACCCAGGUCCACACCCAGCUCCGGGAGUCCGGGACCGUGGUGAGCCUAGCGGAUUUGCACAAUAAGAGCUCCCAGAUGAUGCGUACCAUCGGCCAAAAGGCGGGACAUCACAGACCCAACGGCGUCUCGGGAGCCCUCACGGCGCCCAGCUCUCCCACCGCCUCGCCGGUGAACCGACGGCACUCGGCACAGUCGCCCACCUUCCCGCGGAUGGAGGGUAGCCCUGGUGGACGGAGGUUGCACUCCGCGGAGGGCCAGGCCCUGGCAAGGCACAACCCUUGGAGCUUUGUGGAGGCUUGA